CGGCGGCUGCUGGGGCAUGGCCGGUGCUGGAGGGGACACCCCGCAGCAGGGGGACGGGCCUGGGAAAGCGGCGCCGAAGGCCACCCUUCUCCCAGAGGAGCCGCCGCAGGAACAAGCGCUCAGGCGGUCGGCAGAAGAGCUCAGACAGGAAGACAGACUCUCAGUUUGCAGCAAAUUAUGCUAUGCAAUAGGAGGUGCUCCAAACCAAGUUGCAACAAGUGCCACUGCUUUUUUUCUACAGAUCUACCUGUUAGAUAUAGCACAUAUUACUCCGUUUCAUGCCUCUUUGGUGCUGUUCAUUGGCAAAGCCUGGGGUGCAGUUACUGAUCCUGUUGCUGGCUUUUUUAUUAGCAAAAGUAAAUGGACAAAAAUUGGCCGGCUUAUGCCUUGGAUGUUGGGGUGUACGCCCUUCACGAUUGUGUCCUAUUUCUUCAUGUGGUACUUGCCUCCUUUUGUAGCGGGAAGAGUUGUGUGGUACCUGACUUUCUAUUGUCUUUUCCAAGCAUUGACGACAUUAUUCCAAGUACCGUAUUCUGCUCUCACCAUGUUUCUCAGCCCAGACCAGAAGGAGAGAGAUUCAGCAACAGCAUACCGAAUGACUGUGGAAGUGCUUGGAACCUUGAUGGGAGCUGCGCUCCACGGGCAGAUUGUGGCAAGCGCCCAUGCCUCUGAUCACUGCACCGUGAAUCUCACCAUAAACGCUGCCGACUCUUCCAGUUCUCUAAGUAACGCUUCCAACCUGGCUGAGCCCUUGGGCCUCCAGUCUCAUGGAAGAGAAGUCUACAUGAUUGCAGCGGGAGUAAUAGGAGGGGUGUAUCUAUUCGGCAUUGUCAUCCUUUUCAUUGGAGUAAAGGAGAGAGACGAUCCUUACGCCUUAAAUUCAGACAAAGCAAUUCCUUUCUUUAAGGGACUGAGACUCACAAUGAAGCACGGUCCGUACUUGAAGCUUACAGCUUCGUUUCUUCUCAUCUCAACAGCCGUUCAGCUUGAGCAGAGCAAUUUUGUCCUGUUUUGCACCCAUGCAGCCAGUCUUCACAAUCACUUCCAGUAUUUAGUGGUGACCAUCUUGGUAUCAGCAGCAGUGAGCAUUCCAUUCUGGCAGUGGUUUCUACAGCAAUUUGGCAAGAAAAGUGCAGCAUGUGGGAUUUCCUGGAUGAUUCCUUUUGCGGUCAUGCUGGUUACAAUCCCAAAUCUGGUUUUGGCUUACGUGGUGGCCUUUGUCUCUGGUCUGAGUAUUGCAGCAUCUUUGCUGUUGCCAUGGUCAAUGUUGCCUGAUGUAGUUGAUCACUUUCGCCUGCUGAAUCCUCAUGCAAAGGGACCCGAAACCAUCUUUUAUUCUUCAUACGUCUUCUUUACCAAGAUGUCGGCUGGGAUUGGAUUAGGAAUUUCCACAGCAAGCCUGGAGUUUGCUGGUUAUAAAACAGGGAUGUGCAGGCAAUCCAGCACUGUGAUCCUUACACUGAAAAUCCUGAUUGGGGCAGUCCCUGCCAUCCUCAUUGUUAUAGGCUUAUCCAUACUCCUCUUCUACCCAAUCACUGAAAAAAGUCGAAAAGAAACUGAAUUUGCACUCGAGCUGUUAAGAAGGAGUCAUCCGAGCACUGACAACCUUUCCAAAAACGAAGAGGAUACCUGGAUAUGAAAGUUCGGAGAGAAGUGGCUUUUCAAACCGAAGUCUGACCUCAGAUUCCAAAGCACUGUACUUGGGGGGUGGGAGGAAGGAAGGGAAAGUCUUCUGAGUUAUCCCACUUAAGUUUUAUUAGAGGAUACUGGAAGCACCAGUACACAAAAGUGCAAAGGGCUCUGUUACAUUAAUGGUAAGGAUCUGAUUUUGACUGACAAAAUAGGAAGAUUCUGAGGACAGCCAAUAGGGUGCCUCACGGGGAUGCUCACAGUUCAUAAGUAUGUAAACUUCAUCCAGUGUUCUGAUGCCCUUAAAGUGGUGUUAGGAAGAUUCAGUAGGUGGCACUCUUCCCUCUUGUCAGUGCUGAACCAAAGCCCCAGUGAGGAUAACCUGCUUCUGAAGAUGCUGUGUUUCAUAUGAGACAUAAAACCAAAGUCCUUCAAUCACUAAAUUUCUUCUGGAACUGUUGGCAAGAUCCAGGGGUAUUUAAACUUGGUGUCCUGACCAAACUUUAACUCAGGAGAUUACAUUCUUCUGACCUAAAUUAUCCUUGUCGCCUCUGUUGGAUACAGUAUUCUUCAUCACUUUUUUCUAAACUGUUUGCUGCACAUUUGCUACGUGUCACUCUAGACGUGUCUGCAUUUCGGUGGCUGAUGGACGUGAUCCUUGUGUAUAAUGUGUUUAAGUUUGUAAAGCCCUUAAGGAUUCUGAGGAAGAAAUGUGCUAUAAACAUGUAAGAUUUAGUGCUUCUUUUUGAGUUCCAACAAGCCCUGGAUGCAGUUGGUAACAGAGCCGCGUGUUGAAAAUGUUCUCACAAAUAACUGCUCCGAACCUGAUUUUAAUGUCACUUUAUUUGGGGGCGUUAAGUCAAACUUUUAUAUUAAUAGAGGUCUACAUUUUCAAGAGUGAUUGACUAGUGGUCUUGGGUGCCUCAGCUUUUGAGUGCCCCCUUGACACUUCAAAGUGUCCAGUUGUCAGAGUGUGGGUGCUCUGCCCUUUCUAAAAAUCAGGCCCACUUCAGGCAGCUCAUGUUGGAGCACCCAAAAUCACUAGCCACUUCUGG